UUCCUGUUCCUAGUCUCGCAAGUUGUUGUGGUAAUCAUCUCAACAGUGAAUGCCCGUGCUGAACAAAGACGUUUUGAGGCCCCCCUUUCGAUCGACCAUAUUCCUGACUAUUACGGGGUUACCACACUCAUACGCGCGCCUCUCUUUAUUUUAGCAUACGUUGACAGAUAUGAAUAUUGAUCCGCAUUUGGCUUCGCUCCUAUUGGCACUAUCGACCGUCAAGCGACAGAUUAUGCAGGAAUUGGACCGAUUCAUGACGAUUUGCUGGGAUCGGGUUGGGAUUACAUCUCCGGAACAACAGUAUCAGCAGCAGCAGCAGCAGCAGCAAAACGGUAGUGGUACUGGAGCGAAUGGCAGUGGACGCGGACCGAACUCGAUGGCCAAUAUCUUUACACCGGGGAAAUGUGUCCCAGUACUGGUGUUUGUAAUUGAGCGGGUUCCUGUCUCGGUUCCCUGGUAUGGGGCAGACGCGAGUGAGAAUCAGAUAUCUGAGAUAUUGAAGCAGCAGGUGCUCAAAAAGUCUGUCGAUGCGCUGCAAACGAGACUGCGUUAUGUUUUCAGGGCGUGCAGGUUGGUGCAAAGUAUCGACCCGCCUGCAGGGGCGUUUGAUGCACGACAACUAUUUGUGUUGCCAAGCCCAUCAUCAACGCCCUUUGUCCAUGUCAUUCCUUAUUUCACUGCAAAGCUGGACCUGCCACUGCGUGGAUUGGUACCGCCAACGAAUAUUUCAACGCGCAGCGGCGAGGGAAAUAUUCUGGAUCCAGCAGAAGAGGUGCUGAAGCAACAGAGGAUGAAGACAUCGGCGCCCCACAGCGCCACUCUCAAUAAGAAAAACAGUCUCAGAACAAAAGGCGAAGAUCCGACAGAGGAGCCCGGGUCUCAGUCUAGUCUGAGUAAUACAGCGGCGGCAGCAUCAUUUGGUAUGCCAACACUACGCGAGCUCUACGAUGCGGCGGUGCAUACGAGGGACCAGCCAUUAGUCCGAAGGGAGACAGGCAAGGCAGGAUCGAUCAACAAUGGCGAGGAAGGGUCAUUGUCAUCAUCCUCGUCCUCGGUAUCGCUGGGAUCGCUGUACCUCAACCACACGGGCCCAUUAUUACGACAGUUUGUGGAAGGGUGGGUCAAGAGUGUGACCUCGCCUGGAGGAUACGGGAAUGUGGUCGGGAAGAGAAACUCCGGGACUGUUGAGGUACCCUCGUUGCAGCAGUGGAUGGCGGGAUGCUUGGGCGUAUGUGAGGCGCUCGGGGUUACGUCCCUGUCGUCUCCCACCCUCCACAAGGAGCAGGAAUUAAAGACGACUGUUGGUAGUGGUGUUGAGUCAGGAGCCACUGAUCAGGAACAGGUGUCAGCAGGGGAACACCUACGCGGCAACAGGUCCUCGAAAGCGAAUGCAUCAUUAGGAGGAGGAGGAGCAGGAGGAGGGCGUCGUCUAGGGAGUAGCAAAAAAUACUCGCAGCGGUGUGCCAAUAUGGUCCAAAAGAAGAUACAGGACUAUGUUUUGACCGAUGAUGUGAUGGAAGAACUAUAUGGUCAAAAACCAGACGUGCCAGGAACGACGACAAGAGCUCAUUCGGAGCGGUAUCAUCAACUGAAGGCCAACCAAGCAACGAAGCUGUUCCAAUCCUUGGCACAUCGACGAUGAGAACCAAACGUGGUAGGGGAGCAAAGUGGACGUGCAGGCAUUUUGCGUUUGUUUCGCGACGCAUAAACACGACGAGCUUGCGUAACAACCAAGCAGCACUAUUGAAUUCACAUUAGUGGCGAUCCCUUUCUGCGGAGCAAAUUAUUUUCUGGAGAAUCUUACCAGGGAGGAGU